GUCAUGUCACGCUGAUUGGGUGGAUGUGGUUCAUUCAUCUUAGAUAGCCGGAAGUAGUCUCAGUAGGGAGAGAAGUAGGCUAACUUAUUUCGUGUUUUGCAGCCUGGUGUUAAACGCUGAGCUAUUUUAAAUGCCAUAUGGUUGUAUUGGAACGUCUCUGUCAACAUAAGCCACAUUCUGGGCUAAAGCUUGGCCUGGGAUGUCGGAGGAGGACAUUGAACUCACUGGCGGAUGAAGACGUCACAUACUUUUCUAUAUUUUCCUGACCUAGGCUUAUGAAUGUCCCUAACGCUGACGGCCAUGAGCGACAGCACAGUGACCAGCAGCCAGCAGCAGUGGUUGGGGCCCGGGCAGAUGCCACGGCCUUCCCGGGGCCCCUAUAUCUCAGUCAUCACCAACAGGACCACCAACCUGUUGAUCCGAGGAGCCCUGCUAUUCUCUGUCGGCGUCUUCCUGGCCCUGGUGCUGAAUUUACUUCAGGUGCAGAGGAACGUCACCCUCUUUCCCCCCGAUGUCAUCAGCAGUAUUUUUUCCUCAGCCUGGUGGGUGCCGCCCUGCUGUGGCACAGCCUCAGCAAUGAUCGGGCUGUUGUACCCCUGCAUCGACAGCCAUCUGGGUGAGCCACACAAGUUCAAGCGGGAAUGGUCCAGUGUGAUGCGCUGCGUGGCUGUGUUUGUGGGCAUCAACCACGCCAGUGCUAAAGUGGACUUUGCCAACAACGUCCAGCUGUCUCUGACUCUGGCGGCGCUCUCCGUCGGUCUGUGGUGGACGUUUGACCGCUCCCGCUGCGGCUUUGGCCUGGGAGUCAGCAUCGCCCUGUUGGCAACGCUGGCCACCCAACUCCUGGUUUAUAAUGGAGUCUUUCAGUAUACUUCUCCAGAUUUCCUAUAUAUUCGCUCCUGGUUACCUUGCAUCUUCUUCGCAGGGGUGAUAACUAUGGGAAACAUAGGACGGCAGCUAGCCUUGUAUGAAUACAAAUUCAUUCAGGAAAAGACCCAUCAGGACUAAGGGAUCUCAUCAGGCCUCUGCUCCAGAGGAUGUUAAAGAGAGGCAGGUCGGAGAGAACAUCUGCACGCAGCAUAGACCGGGACUGGCUGGCCCUGGAUCAGCCACUUAGGCAGGAGUGCUGGACUGGUGCUUUCUGCCGGACAAGACAGUAUUUUUGAUUGGCUCUCGUCAGCCCAUUCAGAGCUCAGGUCGGCCCACUGGCUAUAUUCUAACCUGAGCUGAAACGAGCAACGAGAGCAGAGUUUGUUGUGUUUUUCUUUUUUCUUUCUUUGGUGCAGUUUAUCUCUACUUACCUGGGAAGGGAUUAGCAGCGAAGCAUCUAUCGUUCUUCAGAUCAGCUCGAAUGUUUGAAACCUUUGGCUUUGUCGUGCCAAACGCAGUCCCACUGGAUCAGUUUUAAAUACUGCUCUUAUCUCCGGAGUCUUUCACAGCCUUCACGUAUCAGUGGAGAACACACAGCCUAGUUGACUUAUAUCUAAAAAGAUAUGCAUCUACGUACCAGACUGUUUAUUUGAAUGUUAUUAUUGAAUUAGCUUAUGUCUACAUUUCGGUUUUCUUGAUAAAGGAAUGACGUGUGCUGUACGCUUGUCUGCACUGGCAGCGAGGACCCCUGUAGUGGACUACUACCGGCCACACCUGCCCCGCUCAUCACCAACGUGCAGUAUUAUCGGACCUAAAGAAUGAACGGAUUUAGGAAGGACAGUGCUUUUUAGCCUGACAUCGCCAGACCAAAGAGUUAGCCUGGAACCUCUCAGUUCAUUUUUUGAUUUCCAAGCGGUGUUCUCAACCGCUGUAGAGCAGAAUGCCUCUGGAUGGAUAUGCUAAGCGAUGGACAAAUGUAGACCGACUACAGCCCGCAGAGGUGAGCUGUGACGACGUGGCAUCCGAAUGUCUGUGAAUGAGUGUUGCCGUUUUUGCCAUCAGCAUUUGAAAAUGGUACUUCAACAGAAAGUUCCACCAUCAGCUGCAGAUAUCUUGGUUGUUUCCGAAAAUGCCUCAUCGGCGCUCCUUUUUUUUACUAAGCUAGGUUAGCGCAAAGGCUCCACAAGUUAUGAGACUGGUCGGAGGGGGGGACCACAUGCAUCUGCAAUAAAAAAAAAUUAAAAUCAUUCGCUCCCAGAUUUGUCUGGUUCCCAGGCUACGGAGCGGUCUUAUUGAUUGUUCAAAGCUCCGAGGGUUUUGGUUGGGAGUGAAUUUACAACGGCUUAUGGAGUUAGUUUCAGCCAUGCAUGAAGACGGGUUGAGUUUUAAACACGUGAAGAUGUUUUCUGAAAGAUUUCCUUUAUUGUAGAGCCAUUCAUAUUUUUUUAAGUACUGGAAUCAGGGAUCAACAUUUAUCCAAAUAUAUAAUCUGUAGCCUUUUCAGUUUCCUGGUAAAAAUAAAAAAAAAAUGGCCAAAAAGCAGAGUUUGCCUGUCCCUUAACAGCAGGAAUGCCAAAUGUCCCAGCUUAUUUUCUUCACAGCACUUGUCUAAAACUUGAUGGUUAUCCUUUAUUCCAUUCUCUGCUCAAGACGGCAUUAAUCCACUAUAACUUAAAGGACAAUUCCGGCGCAAAACUAACCUAGGGGUUAUUGACAAAUGUGUACCCACUCGAUCGCUCUCUGGGACAUGUUUUCAUGCUAAUCAAAUGGGUUUGUAGCUUGAAGCUAGCGAAUACUUUGGUUGAUUAGCUUACAACCAAAGUAUUCGGGGCACAGGGAAAGUCAAAACAAAUCGCUAUUUAUAUCACUGACAAGGCUCAAAAUAUCAGCACACUUCCACGGUAGCAUAAUGGGGGUCCCUACAUGUUAACCGAGGCAUUGAGAACAUUGUAAGUGUACAGACAGUUUACUGAACGAAGAGCUGCGGGAGCUCUGUGAAAGGGCUACGAGAGAGAAAGAGAGCUACCAGUAGUCAAUGUGGCAACACAGCCUCGUACUUGGGGAAACUGGUGGUGUAGCUGCAGACAUUGUGAAGCUAUGGCCCCCCAACAGGAGAGUCUGUGUUGCACGGAGUGGGACCUGUUGCGUCGCGACACCCAAGAGACGCUGUGUUUUGUACAGUCUGAAGAUUUCCCCUCUCUGAUAAACAGGACUGUACUUGAAACUUUUUUCCAUGUCCCGAAAAUAAAUUGGAGACAGCAACCCAGACCGGAGGGACCAGAUGGACAGUUAUCCACUGAGUAGCUCAGUAGCUACACUAGACAAGUUAUGUUUUACAUCGGUGCGAUUAUUUCAGAUAUAUUGAGCAAAUUGCUUAUUAUUUUAGUUUGCAUCGCCAGCUGUAAGUCAUGACUGGAUUUCAAGAUGGCGGCCGCAUGUAAACAUGAACGGUACUGUCAUACUCUAUCUUUUUAAUAACCUGUCUGUACUCUUACAAA